AUGUAUCGCCGUUGGAGAAAUUUACUUUCUAAGUUGGUAACCGUUUUAAGAAGUAGCCAAAUUGUUCUUUCAGCACCAGAACCAACUCCUAUUCCAAUUACGCUGGCUCCCGCAGGGAAGAGUUGUACUGAAACCCCAAUAGAUUUAGUCAUCAUUCUUGAUGCCUCCACAAGUGUAACAGAACCCAACUUUAAAUUGAUGCUGAAUUUCUUGAAGGAUUUCCUAUCAGGAGCGGACAUUGAUGGAGGCAGAGUUCGUGUUGGUGUUAUAAUAUAUAGUACUAAAGACCACGUGCAGUUCCAUCUUAACCGGUAUAAAACCAAUCAAGAUGUUUAUAAUGCUAUAGAUAAUAUCCCAUACCGAUUUGGUAGUACCAAUACAGCUAAUGCUCUUAGAACAGUGCAUAGAGAAAUGUUUACACAACGUAAUGGUGAUCGUCCUGGUGUAGAUAAUAUUUGUAUUCUUUUAACUGAUGGUGUCUCUAAUAUCAAUUCUCGAAGAACAAUUCCUGAAGCUGAGGCAGCUCGUAGUAAAAAUAUCCAUAUCUAUGUUAUUGGUAUUGGUUUAACUGAUUUAAGAGAAGUUGAUGGUAUAGCUACUCGACCAAUUGAAGAAAACAGAUUUGCGGUGAAGGAUUUCAACGAACUGACUCCGAUGAAAGACAAAGUGUUUAAAUCUUUAUGUUUCUCUCAAUCACCACAGCCAGUCCGUACAACCACAGCACCAGAACCAACUCCUAUUCCGAUAACUUUAGCUCCCGCAGUGAAGAGUUGUUCUGGCACCCCAAUAGAUUUAGUCAUCAUUCUGGAUGCCUCCACAAGUGUAACAGAACCCAACUUUAAAUUGAUGCUGAAUUUCUUGAAGGAUUUCCUAUCAGGAGCGGACAUUGAUGGAGGCAGUGCCCGUGUUGGUGUUAUAAUAUAUAGUACUAAUGACCACGUGCAGUUCCAUCUUAACCGGUAUAAAACCAAUCAAGAUGUUUAUAAUGCUAUAGAUAAUAUCCCAUACCGAUUUGGUAGUACCAAUACAGCUAAUGCUCUUAGAACAGUGCAUAGAGAAAUGUUUACACAACGUAAUGGUGAUCGUCCUGGUGUAGAUAAUAUUUGUAUUCUUUUAACUGAUGGUGUCUCUAAUAUCAAUUCUCGAAGAACAAUUCCUGAAGCUGAGGCAGCUCGUAGUAAAAAUAUCCAUAUCUAUGUUAUUGGUAUUGGUUUAACUGAUUUAAGAGAAGUUGAUGGUAUAGCUACUCGACCAAUUGAAGAAAACAGAUUUGCGGUGAAGGAUUUCAACGAACUGACUCCGAUGAAAGACAAAGUGUUUAAAUCUUUAUGUUCCUCUCAAUCACCACAGCCAGUCCGUACAACCACAGCUGAAACACCUUUACCAAUAACGCUGGCACCAGCUCGUGGACGAGAUUGUGCAAGUGCCAAGACAGAUUUGGUGUUCAUUCUCGAUGCAUCAACCAGUGUCACCGAGCCUAACUUUAAAAAGAUGCUUAACUUCUUAAAAGAUUUCUUAACGGUUGCUGAUCUAGAUAGUGGCAAUGUUCGAGUUGGUGUAGUUAUCUACAGUACAAAGGAUCAUGUCAUCUUCCAUCUCAAUGAAUACUCCAACAGGCGUGAUAUUUAUAAUGCUAUAGACAAUAUCCCAUACCGAUUUGGUAGUACCAAUACAGCUGAUGCUCUUAAAACAAUGCAUACAGAAAUGUUUACACAACGUAAUGGUGAUCGUCCUGGGGUUGAAAACGUCUGUAUUUUGGUCACUGAUGGUGUCUCUAAUAUCAAUUCUCGAAAAACAAUUUCUGAGGGUGAAAACGCACGAAAUAAGAAUAUCCAUAUGUAUGUUAUUGGUAUUGGUCUGAAGGAUACUAGAGAAAUCGAUGGUAUUGCAACUAAACCACUUGAACAGAACAGAUUCAACGUUGCAGAUUUCGACCUCUUAGUAGGUCUUAAAGACCAAGUAUUUGCCUCAUAUUGCGGAUCGUCUAAACCACCUAGCUUUGUAACGCUACCUCCACCAACAGAGACCUGUGGAAGAUCUAAAGUUGAUCUUAUAUUUGUCCUUGAUUCCUCAACAAGUGUGACACAAGCAAAUUUUGACAAGAUGUUAAGAUUUGUACAAGAGAUUUUAAGAUAUGCUGAUAUUGAUACCGACUAUAUACGAGCUGGUCUUGUAACGUUCAGUAAUGAAGUAUACGUCCAAUUCCAUCUGAAUGAAUAUACCAGAAAGUCAGAUAUGUUACGGCGCAUCCAAAAUACUAAAUUCAAUUAUGGCAAAACCAACACAGCUGGUGCUCUACGAACGAUGAGAACUGAAAUGUUCACACCGUUUAAGGGAGAUCGACCAUUGGUGCCAAAUAUAGCUAUAGUGAUUACAGAUGGUGUUUCCACAGAAAACCCGAGAAACACCAUACCCGAGGCUAGACGAGCCCAUCAAGAAGGCAUUCUAAUCUACUCGAUUGGUAUUGGGUUGACCGACACUCGCGAACUAAACAGCAUAGCAACACCACCCGCUCGUGAUAACGCGUUCAGUGUUAAUACUUUUGAUGAAUUAAUUACAUUGCGUGAUCUGGUAUUCUCGGCUAUUUGUCCAAAAACAGCAGCUCCAACUCCCCCACCAAGUUGUGGAUUUUCGAAGUUGGACUUGGCUUUAAUGUUGGAUACAUCUUCUAGUGUGACACAGGAAAACUUUAAUAAAAUAAAACAUUCUGUAAAGAACUUAAUAAAAAUGUUGGACAUUGACUCUGGUAAUGUGCAAGUGAGUCUGAUAACUUAUAGCACAGAUACAUUUAUUCAGUUCCACAUGAAGACGUUCAAACGUAAAGAUGAAAUGUUGAAAAAAAUUGACGAAGUUCCUUAUCAGUUUGGUCUGACUAAUACCGCUGGUGUCUUUGAUUUUAUGAGAAAAUAUAUCUUCUCUCGCCGUGCUGGUGAUCGGACUGACGUACCCGAUAUGGUAGUGCUUAUGACGGAUGGAGUGUCGGACGUUAACUCUGCUAAUACUAUACCUCAAGCCAGAGGAGCUUUGGCAGAGGGAAAACAUAUUAUUGGUGUUGGAAUAGGACUACCUGAUGCUAAGGAAAUACGACAACUUGUUUCCCAACCUGUGACCGAAAAUCUCAUAAUUCUCCGAAAUUUUAAUGAGCUAUGGCGUUUGGAAGAGAAACUUAUUAGGAAAAUGUGCUCUGCAGCAACUCCAAGACCAACUGCCUACAGCCCAACAGGAUAUGACGUAGUUUUGAUGCUGGAUACAUCUGUCACUGAUAGGCAAAUGGGAUGGAUCAAGAACUUCGCUAAAAACAUCGUUUCCGAGAUGGAUGUGGAUACUGGGGAAUAUAGAGUUGGUGCCAUGACCUUCGGACGAAGACCAAACGUUGAGUAUGACUUAGAAAAACACAAGUUCUCUGAUGAAGCUGUUGUUCCAUUCGAUAAAUUGUCAACUACCAGAGGUACACCUGAUAUGGUCUCUGCCUUUGAUACUGUACGCAACAGGAUGUUUACUCAACCAUCUGGAGACAGACCUAGAGCUAGAAAUUUUAUCGUCAUGAUUACUGGUAAUGAAGGAAGCCGCAACACUCCACAGGCCGUAGCUGCUGCUAAACGUCUAGAAAAUGCCGGCGUCGGUAUUUACACAGUUGGCUUGAAUUUGAGAAACACAAACGAAAUUGAUGGCAUCUCCACCAAACCAUUAAGUGAAUGGCAGUAUCUUGUUAACAGUGAGCCUGGUUUGAUGGAAACACCAAGCGUUAUUUUAUACAACAUGCGCAAUGCUGGACCAGUCCCACCACCAACAACACCUCCACCAACAACUACAACAAGACGGACGACUACAACUCGCAGACCCACUACAACGCGUAGAACAACAACACGACGUACCACCACCAGACGUACAACAACGAGAAGAACUACUACUACUCCAAGACCUACUGCAUACAGCCCUACCGGAUAUGACGUUGUUUUGAUGUUAGAUUCAACAGUCAACAACGAACAAUGGGGAUGGAUGAAGGACUAUGCUAAAAACUUCAUAAAUCAAAUGGAUAUGGCCAGUGGAGAAUACAGAGUUAGUACCAUGACGUUUGGUGCAGCUCCAAGGGUAGAAUACUACUUGGAUAAACACCACCAUACCGAUGAAGCCGCUGCACCAGUUGAUAAAUUUAGACAGACACGAGGAACACCGGACUUUUCCAGAGCUUUCAAUGCUGUUCGAGACCGAAUAUUUACAAACAAUCGCGGAGAUCGUCCUAGAGCUAAAAACUUCGUUGUAAUUGUCACUGGUAAUGAGAAAGGUCGACAUUCUGGUCGAUCUGCUGAAGCUGCUAAACGUCUUGAGCACACUGGUGCUGGUAUUUUCACAGUUGGUCUUAAUCUUGGUGAUACAACAGAACUUGAUGGUAUGACUACCGACCCAAGGGAGGAAUAUCAAUUCUUAGUCAACAAUAAACCAGGUUUGGAGGAGACCUCUGGCGUUAUUUUAUAUAAUAUGCAAAAUGCUGCUGAAAUAACCGCACCACCACCCACUACUAGACGUCCUGUAACACGACGUCCCGUUACUAGAAGACCUACUCUUGAACCAGUUACAUAUGAUUGGACCAACACAGAAUGCAAGACAACUGCUGAUAUAUUGUUCCUCAUUGAUACAUCUGGAAGUGUUGGACAGGAUAACUUCGGUAAACUGAUCAAUUUUACCAUCGCUGCUGUUGCCCAAUUAGACAUUGAUCUCGGACUUCACAGAGUGGGUAUGAUGACAUUCAGUGACUCUGCUCAUAUUGCCUUCCAACUGAAUCAAUACCAAAGAAAGAGUGAGCUCAUCAGUGCAAUCAGAAGAGUUAACUACCAUUAUGGAUAUACUCACACUGCUGAAGCUUUUAGAGUAGCUCGUGAAAGGAUGUUAACACCCGGCGCCGGUGAUAGAGCAGACUCCCCCAACAUGAUUGUCAUUGUAACUGAUGGAGAAUCUAAUAUCAACCCAGCUGAGACAGUACCAGAAGCUAGAUAUCUAAAGCGACUCGGCAAUUCCAUUAUUACCGUGGGAAUAGGUUUUACUCAAGAAUAUAUCAAUGCUGAUACACAUAGUAGUAAUGAACUUAGGGAUAUUACGUCACCUCCUAUGGAGGAUAACCUGAUGUUUGUGGACAACUAUGAUUCAUUGGUACAUCUGAAAGACAAACUUGUUCAUCCGAUUUGUACAGAUCCCGAUCUCUGUCAAACGGCUCCAUGUCAGAAUGGUGGUAUUUGUUUGGAUGGCCUUAGAAGCUACACCUGUGUUUGUCAACCUGAUUACUUCGGACAUGACUGUGAUAAGAGUUGUGGUCAGCCCGCUGAUGUUGCCUUUAUUCUGGAUUCCUCCACAACAGUUGGAUCUUCCAACUUUGCCAGAAUCAAGAUGUAUGCUGAACAACUUGUCCGAGAAAUGAAUGUCGAAAACUGUAACAUCCGCAUUGGUGUUUUGAAAUACAGCUCUGCACCAAUGCUACAAUUCUCCAUUGGUGAAUUAGGUACCGAUACUGAAGCCAUUACUAGAGCCAUCAAUAGAAUCAGUUAUACACGAGGUCGAGCCAAUAUGGCUGGCGCCCUCCACAGUUUGAGAACUAGUGUAUUUAACGGUUAUAAUGGUGAUAGAAGCGGUGUUAGAAACGUAGCUUAUCUGAUUACUGAUGGUAGCGCUGAAAUCAAUCGAGAUAACACUAUGGCUGAAGCUGAAUUAGCCAUUCAAUCUGGUAUUCGACUCAUCCCAAUUGGAGUAGAACUAAGAGAUCGCGAAGAGGUUACAAACAUAGCUGAGUCUCAGGGUAUUACUCUUACUGAAAUGAACGAUGGUGAAAGCAUUAGAGAUAAAUCUGAUAUUUUGAUGAACAACUUGCACGAUAAAUCAUAUAGUGUAUCAGGUGGAGGAAAUGGUUCUGCCGGAGGUUCCGGUACCGGUUUUGGUGCUGGUUCCGAUUACUGCUCUGGUAGUCCCUGUCUCAAUGGUGGUACCUGUUAUAAUGAUGGCAAUAGUUACAGAUGCGAAUGCUCUGGUGGUUACUCUGGAACUGACUGUGAACAAGAAUGCAGUGGAAAGGCCGAUGUUGUAUUUGUGGUGGAAUCCUCAAGAUAUUCGACAAGAAAGGACUUCCGUAUGAUCAAGAGAUUCAUCAGAAACGUUGUCCUCAAGAUGAUUUUUAGAACAGAUAGCUAUAGAGUAGCCAUUGUGGAGUAUGGUAGUUCGUCUAAGGUCGUUUUAAAUCUUGCUGAUGGUGACAAGAAACGUAAUGUACAGACUCAUGUAGCUGGGCUAAGAUUGAUUGGCGGAGAACCAGAUCCAGCUAAUGCCUUAAAGAAAGUGUUAUAUAGUGUGAUAAAUUCACCCGGUGAUAGACGUGAUGUUCCCAACUAUGUGGUAUUCUUAACCAGAAGUAUGAAUAAUUUCUAUGAGAUCUCGAAAACAGCAAACAAAUUGAAAGUCAGCGGUGCUCGCAUCAUUAGUGUUGGUAUUGACACAACGGCUACUAUGAAUGAACAACUUCAAACUAUCUCGUCCUACCCUACAGACAGAACAUUGUUCCUAGCUCGUGAUGCUUCUGAUUUACAAGAUACAGCUAGUGAAUUCACCAACUUUGUUUGUGAAAGUACUGGCAAAUCUGUUGACGUCUGUAGAGAUAACCCUUGUUUAAAUAAUGGACGAUGUGAACCAAGUGGUACAGGAUAUAUGUGUAGUUGUAGUAGUGGAUAUGCUGGCAAAGACUGUGAGCGAUCAUGCAACUCCAAGGCUGAUAUAGUGUUCCUAAUCGACUCAUCUGGUAGUGUAGGAGGACAAAGUUUCAGAGUUAUUAAAGACUAUAUACACCAUUUGGUAGAAAAUAUGAACAUCGGAUCUGAUGCUACACGAGUUGGUGCUGCUAUCUUCAAUUCUUUCAGUAAAACUGAGUUUUAUUUGGACCAGUAUUCUAAUAAGAGAGACCUACAGAACGCUAUUUCUGGUAUACAGUACGAAUAUGGUAACACUAAUACUGCUGGUGGUAUCAAAAUGGCCAGGACUCAGAUUUUCAACAAAAAGCGAGGUGAUAGAGAGAACGUACCUAACUUCUUGUUCAUCCUUACCGAUGGUCUGUCCAAUGUUAAAGCUGAAAAUACCAUACCUGAGGCUACAGCUGCUAAGGAUCAGGGUAUUCAUAUAUUUGCUGUUGGUGUUGGUUUUGCUGAUCGAUGGGAAGUUGAUGCAAUGGCUUCUGAACCUAUCUCCAAUAACGCUUUCAUGGUAGAGAAUUUCCAGAGCUUGUGGAAUAUUUCCGGUGAUAUUAUCAACUAUGUAUGCCGCGAUGAUAGUGUGUGUGCCGAUAACCCAUGUCUGAACGAUGGUUUGUGUAUACCUGGUAUUGGUGACUAUAAAUGUAAUUGCCAAGAUGGUUAUCUUGGUAAAAACUGUGAUAUAGAUUGUCGAGCAAGGAAAGAUAUCGCAAUUGUUGUAGACUCAUCUACAAGCGUAGGACCAGAAAACUUUCAAGUCAUGCUGAAAUACCUUGCCGACCUCAUUGAAUCUUUGACCGCAGGUGGCCAGGAUCACCGAUUUGCACUCAUUCUCUACAGUACGCGGGUGAACUUGAUUUUCAGUUUUAAGCGAUAUCGACGAUUGGAUCAAAUUUUGGAUGCUGUCUACACCACGCAAUAUAUGCCUGGAGCUACCAAUACUGCUGGUGGUCUUCGUGUAGCAGGUGAAGUUUUUGGAGACGGGUAUGGAGAACGAUUCGGUGCAGAUAAUGUUGCUCUAUUGUUAACUGAUGGAAAAUCUAACUUAAAUUAUGAAGAUACGUUGCCAGCCGCAGAAGAUCUCAAAAAGGCUGGGGUUAAAGUGAUAACCUUAGGAAUUGGCUUGAAGGACACUCAAGAAAUUACAGAUAUUGCGUCUAGUCCACAAGAUGUGUUCCAGGUUACAUCAUUUGACACCUUAGAUGAAAUAAAACAAGAUAUUGUUGGUAACUCGUGUGUGGAGGUUCAACAAACACCACGCGGAAGACGACCAGAACCACGGGUUGAAGAACCAGAAAGAAAUGAAGAAGACUUUGGAAGGGAAGAAGGUGGAUAUGGAGGAGAAGAAGGAGGGUAUGGAGGAGGAGAUGAUUAUGGAAGAUAAUUUUAUUUUAUUUUCUACCAUUAUACCAAUAGCAUCGAAUAGUCCUGCAGCACACCGAUGAUUUAUAGCGAGGAAGCUGUGAGGAUACAAGUCAUUUUUAGAAAUUAUCUUCUUCAAUUGAAAAUGCUCAGUGAAAAUAGAUGCUAAAUGCUUUUUAUAAUUUUUUUUUAAAUUUUGAUAUCAUGUACAUACUUUAUAGACUAACGUUUUGCACUGCUUUAUUUAAUACGCUUUUUAUAAAAUAUACAUGUAACACUUAAGUGCUAAAGUCAAUUUUGUGACUGAGAUAACAGCUAUAAAUGGUACAUUUCUUGAUCAAUUUUAAAGAUCUCUAUAGGAGUAUCAAAUACUAAUCAAUAAUUCCACAUAAUUAUUCACAUCAUUAUGUUAUUAAUACAUUUAUAUUAAUAGAUUAAUUUUGGCUUCAAAUGGCUGACAUCACUCAGAAGGAAAUGUGUUUUCCUCCAAGAUGUAAGAUAUGUGUCAUCCUAAAAUUUAAAACCACCAAUAAAGAUUUUAUAGUUAUUUAGAUGGGUUAUCUGUUUAUCAAGUGUAGAGGCAAAGCAUUCCAAAUAUCGACAAAAAUACACGGUCUGGGCUUACUUCAUGUAAGCAUCAACCAAAAAGUCAAAUGGUCCCUUCAAAUGGUCCCUGUGCUUGAGACUUUCAUCGACAUCAUGGCGUGCACCAAAAGCCUGAUCAGGAGCGGAAAAAUAAGAUAUCUCGCUUUUCUAUUAAAUAACCAAGCAAAAUCUUAAUAUUGCUCAACAAUUUUCUAAACUAUUUAAGUGUGUCGGAACACUGAUAGCAUCGAUUAACACCAUUCUCAAUCUGUGAGUCCUUUUGACGUAAUUUUUACAAAAGACGCUAAUCAUUUAUUAUCAACUUUUGCGAUAGUGGCGUCAUACAGCGUUAAGCAUUUCUAUAACUGCAGUAAAAUUGGAGUGAUGCAAAUAGAAUCCAUAAAUUUAGUUUAGAAAACCACUUUACAAUUCCUUUAAAAUGCCCCUUAUAACAUUUACAACAAUAUGAAUUAUUUUUGGGAUUCCAUUUCUUCUUUACUUAUAUAUCCAUCUCCGUCUGUAUCAUAGGUUUCUUGUAUUAG